AUGGCGCAAAAGACCCUUCGGGUCACAAGCGCAAGUGGGGAUGAGAGGGUGGUCUCUGUGGCGGAUACGACCACUGUGAAGGAGAUGGCACGACAAUGCCGAGGAGAUGGCGUUCAAGAUCGUCAAGCAACUUUGGUACGAGGAGUCACGGUGCUCGAGCCAAGGAUGACUGUGAAGGAAGCAGGUUUGGAAGACGGGGAGGAAGUUUCUGUGGUGUGGUCCGACCCUUUUGUUGAACUGGCAAGCUGGGCAGGUGAGGAGCUGGAUGGGUCUCUGUAUGUUCAGAUCCCAGCAGAAGUCACACGCAUUGAGGAUGAGGCAUUUUCCAACUGCGCAGCAUUGCUGAAGAUCGUGUUUCACGAUGCAGUGACCAGCAUAGGCAGAGGGGCCUUUUCUGGCUGCAGCGCCCUGAGGGAAGUAGAAAUCCCCAACUCUGUGAUCCGCAUUGAAGGGCAGGCUUUUGCCAACUGCAGUUCCCUCACGCAAGUCAGCAUCCCAUGCUCAGUCGCCAGCAUUGGAGACGGGGCCUUUGCUGGCUGCAGCUCCCUGCGAGAAGUAGAGAUCCCAAGCUCUGUGACGGGCAUUGGCAGGGGAGCCUUUCACAGCUGCAGCUCGCUGGCGCAAGUGGAGAUCCCCCACUCCUUGCGCAGCCUUGCAGCCGAGACCUUCUACGGCUGCAGCUCCCUGACGCACGUAAAAAUCCCGAACCUUGUGACGGUCAUUGGGCAACGGGCCUUCGCCAACUGCAGCUCCCUGACACAGGUUGAUAUUCCGAGCUCCCUGAGAAGCAUUGAGGCAUUUGCCUUUGAAAACUGCACUUCUCUGACGCAAGUGGCCAUCCCCGACUCGGUGAUCAACAUCGGCGAUCGUGCCUUUGCCAACUGCGGCUUGAGGCAAGUGAGUAUACCUGACCUUGUGGCCAGCUGGCUCCAGCCUCAGACUGCAGCUCGGUGA